GUCCCGCGUCUGCCCUUAGCCAGGCCACUAACCUGGGAAGAGAGGCCAAGGGGACGCCCAGCCCCCAGCCUGCAGGAGUUUCAUCAGGGGACACAGAGACUCAGUUGUCCCCAGAGAGCAGUUUUCUGAGACUGGUACCUGAGGGCCCAGAGAAAUCCGUUAUCUGCAAAUUCCCCAAUGACCACCUUCCCCCCAGUUCCUGUGGCGCGUACAAGGCUCGCAGUCUUGGCCAGGCAGAAACUGCCAUGCUCUUCAGGAACAAUUCCAAGAGCUCGAUUGAUCAAAGAGAAAGACGACAUAGAUCAUUACCUGGAGCAGAAUUUCAAAGGCCUGUCGAAGGAAGAGGUUGCUGCCCACAGGAACUCAUACAUGAAGAGCAUCUGCGUGGACAUGCUGCGCGACGGCUACCACAAGUCCUUCACCGAGCUCUUCGCCCUGAUGGAGCAGUGGGACGCGCUGCGGCACGCUGCCAAGGUGCGGUCCCUCUUCUGGGUGCAGAGGCCGCUGGAGAAGCAACCAGACAAGCUGGACAAACUCUACCACUACCUGACCAGGGCCGAGGCUGCGGAGAGACAGGAAUACUACGAAGAAGUGUAUAACAACUUGUAUGCGCUGGCCUGUUACUUCGAUAAUCCUGAAGACAAGUGGGUGCGGAAUCACUUCUAUGAACGGUGCUUUAAUGUUGCUCAGCUGAUCAAAGUUGAUGGUGGGAAAAAAGAAGCAGAGGCGCAGGCGCACAUGGGCCUUCUGUUUGAGGAAGAGGGUGAGCUACUGGAAGCUGCCCAGCAUUAUGAAGCAUUCCAUGAAUUGACACAGGGCCGGAUAUGGAAGGAUGAGACAGGCCACUAUCUCAACUUGCUUGCCUGUGAAAGUCUCGUGAGGACCUACAGAUUGCUCUCAGACAGAAUGUUGGAAAACAAAGAAUACAAACAGGCCAUCAAAAUUCUAAUAAAAGCUUCUGAAAUAGCCAAAGAAGGAAGUGACAGGAACAUGGAAGGAGAAGCUGCUCUCUACCUGGGCUCAGCCCACUUGGCUGCUGGAGAAUAUGAAACCGCACUCACAGUGCUGCGCAGGUACAGCGAGAUUGCUACCAGCAUGGAUGAUGAUCUGAACCUGGGGAGAGCCUACGAGGCCAUCGCCAAGGUCCUGCAGAGCCAAGGACAGAUGACAGAAGCAAUUAAAUACCUAGAAAAGGUUGUGAAAAUUGCAAGGAACAACUUCCAAAGCCUCGAUGUGAUACGAGCAUGCACGAUGCUUGGCGACAUCUACAAUGAAAAAGGGCAGUACAGCAAGGCUUCAGAGUACUUCCAGCAAGCUUUCAGCACCACUGUGGAGCUCAUGAAAACAGCACUCAUGGAUGAAACCAAAGUUCACUAUGGGAUAGCCAGAGCCCACCAGCUCAUGCUGACCAUGAAGAGUUACAUAGAGUCUGCAGAUAUAGACAGCCUCAACUGCCUGCUGUCCUGGAAAGAAAGCAGAACACAAAUCCAAUAUGACCCAGUUCUGGGAGAGUCUAGAAGACCCACAGAGGAUAACAUAUGUCAAUACUCAGAUAAUCAGGAAGAAAUAAGAAGAUCCCCAGAUAAUCAAUUAAAUGAAGCUUAAGUGACCCAACAUCAAGGCGAGAAGAGACUGAGAGCCUUAGACUUCGGCUUCAUCUGAGGGGAGCGUGUGAGGAGUGAUACAGAGCUAUAAAGGAGUUACAGUUGCUUUUAUUGAACUUUGUGCUGCAGUGACUACAGCAAGUUUAGGACGAUGAAGAACAGCUCACCUGGUUAGGAAGAUCAAGAGUUACUCAUAAAAUAAACUAAAAUGUAUCCUCUUACCCGCUACUACCCAAGAAGUCAUGGCAUCCAAGAACCAAAUUUUAAUUAUUCCUGAUUGUAAAUAUUUCCAAGUUAAUGAAACCAUUCAUGCUGAAUAAAUA